UCGCAGGCGGUGCGGCGGAGGCGGAGCAGGCGCUGCGGCAGGAGGAAGAUGGCGGAUGAGGAGAAGCUGCCGCCCGGCUGGGAGAAGCGCAUGAGCCGCAGCUCAGGCCGGGUGUACUACUUCAACCACAUCACCAACGCCAGCCAAUGGGAGCGGCCCAGUGGCGGCAGCAGCAGUGGCGGCAGCAGCAAAAAUGGCCAGGGGGAGCCGGCCAGGGUCCGCUGCUCACACCUACUGGUGAAGCACAGCCAGUCCAGGCGGCCCUCAUCCUGGAGGCAGGAGAAGAUCACCCGGACCAAGGAGGAGGCCCUGGAGUUGAUCAACGGCUACAUCCAGAAGAUCAAGUCCGGCGAGGAGGACUUUGAGUCUCUGGCCUCACAGUUCAGUGACUGCAGCUCAGCCAAGGCCAGAGGAGACCUUGGGGCCUUCAGCAGAGGUCAGAUGCAGAAGCCAUUUGAAGACGCCUCCUUCGCCCUGCGGACGGGGGAGAUGAGCGGCCCAGUGUUCACGGACUCCGGCAUCCAUAUCAUCCUGCGCACAGAGUGAGGGCGGAGGGCCGCCAGCCUGCGGGACACCUUGUCCCGCCACAAUAUUUAUUGUUUCCAAAAUGGCUGGUCAAGGGGCGGGGUGGGCUGUUCAAGGGGGUUCUGGGCUUCCCGCUGCCUGUGUGUGUGUGUGUGCAGUUGGAGUUGUCCCUCCCACUCUCCCCCUGAAGGAAUUGCCUUCAGAAGGGCAGUAGGGGGUGGGGAGACGGCCCCCCCCUCAGUCCCAGGGGAGAGGGCCUAGUCUACACCUCCCCCUCCCCACUCCCAGUCCCAGGGGCAGGCAGGAGGACCCGGACUUGAUUCUCCUUCUGCCUAGCUCCUCUGUUCCGUUGCAGAAAGCAGAUGCCGGGGGCCAGAGCCACGGGGCCCCCUCGCGUCCCCAUUAAAGCCAGAACCACUGCUCCAA